GGAAGCCCUAGUACCCUCUCUGUCUUCUUCCUCCGGCUCUCACGUGUUCCAUUCUUCUUCACGCCGGCUUCUCCUCCCUUCCGUUCAGCAGCUCAGUGCCGCCGCCUCUCUGCCGCCCGUAUUGUGCAGUCGCCGCCUCCCUCGCUCUUACCAGUUUGAACUGAUUUUCUACUGCUUGUUCAAUUUUUAAAGAUGCCUCGAAAGCCAACAAAGCGGCGCCAGCUGCUGGGAACUCGUCCUUUAACUUUUUCCUCAUUUGCUCGUGCUUCUUGUAUGGUGAGGAAUCAAAUUUCGAAGUCAAAAUUAAUGAAAUCUCACCCUAAACAUGAAGGUAAUGCUUUUAUUAGGAAUAGUCCUGAGCCCCAGAGUGAAUCAUCUGACUCUUCUUCCAGCGAUGAAGAGUUUGAAGAAGUUCAAGCAGACUUUGCCUUUUUUGAUCCGAAACCUGAUGAUUUUCAUGGGGUGAAGACAUUGCUGCAAAACUACCUAGAUGACACACAGUGGGAUAUAAGUGGAUUUUCUGAUUUAAUAUUAGGACAAACCACAGUAGGUUCUGUUGUCAAAGUUGAGGGAGAUGAAGAUAAUGGAGUAUUCUCUUUUAUCACAGCCCUUAACUUGGCAAGAUAUAAGGACAGUAGAUCUAUAAUGGAGCUGAAGGAGUAUCUCCUCAAAGUUUGCCCGGACAAGGAUAUAAAGAAUGACUUGAAACAACUUCUGGAGGAGCAAGCAUCCAGUGUUGGUCUCAUAGUCUCUCAGAGAAUUGUGAAUCUUCCUCCUCAACUUCUGCCACCACUUUAUGAUGCCCUUUUUGAUGAAAUAUCAUGGGCUAUUGAGGACGAGCCAACUAAAGAGCUCCAGGAUUCCUUCCGCUUCAAAUUGCAUAUCUUAGUGAGUAAAAUUUACAAGCUCAAGAAUACAAAUCAUAAGAAAAAGGCGACUCCUGAAACAGAAGAGUCAAUUAUAUAUGUAAAGGCAGAAGAUGAAAUAUUUCACAAGUUGUGUUCAUGGUCCUUCUGCUUUCCCUUGCACGUCCAGCCACAAACAACUAACGAGCUAAAAGGUUACCAGUUAAUGGGAAUAGUAAUGGCUGUUGAAGCAAGCAAAGUUCCCACAUUUCGAGAUGAGUUAAAAUCUUUAAUUAGUGAAUCCUAGCUGCAAUCUUAGUUGCAGAGUGCUGAAAAGAAAGACGUUUAAAAUGUUUGUAAUUCUUAGCUUGAGGAAGUUGAAGUCUCCAAUUUUGUUGUGAAUGCGAGCGGGAUGCCUAAUUAGUUGAGCUGUUUCUUCGAGGACUUUUAUGUAUUGCAUCAAAAAUGAAAAAUGUUUUUGAAUUAAAAUUUCUUGGCCAAGGGACCUCUGUAAA